GAGAAACACAUUUUCAUCACACGUUUUCUGUUGGACUUCUUAUUAAAGUCUGUCUUUUGGUCAUGUCAGAACUAAAAAAGAAGAGUGAAAACCCAGAAAACAUAACACGAGGAAAACCUAAAUCUGGCAGAGUAUGGAAAAAUGUGCAAAACCAAAGAUUUUCAGAUAUUAAACAAGUUAAGUCUUUCAAGACUUCAUGGUCAAAUAAAAUGAAGAAGAAAGCAGAGAAGAAGUCAAUAAUGGAUUUUGAAAAACGUUUGAAAGAUGAGAAAACCAGAGAAAAGGAGGACAAAAGACAGAGAAAAGUAGAGAAAGAGAAGAGAAGAAUAGAAAAUCAGAGGAAAUCAGAAAUUGUUCAACCGAUAAAAAAUACAGCAAAAAUCAAGAGAAUGAAAAAGAAACAGCUAAGACUUCUAGAAAAAAGGUGAUGGAAAUAAAGACAAUGAACAGAGAGAAUUUUAUAACUGUUAAAUAACAGACAUAUUGCUCCAGGGCCCUGAAACUGUCAUUACUGAACUGUAUAGGUUUAUUAAACCUAAUUAAAGGCCCUAUCAACUAA